AUGUCCAUGGAUGUAUUAGCUGAUACUCGUCGUCAUACCGCUCGUAAAAGUACUGUAACACGCUUAUUACAAGUGAAAGCAUCAUCCACUCAUCCUCCACCAUUAACCCAUUGUGAAAAUGUCAUUCAAAUUGAAACAACUCCAACAACCACAAUUAAAUCUUCUAUCUAUCUACAUAAUGGCUCAGUCUCAUCUUCACCGUUAAAUAAUCAUCAUCAUUUAUCUCAUGAUCAAUACCAUGAAGAUAGAAUACAAUCAUCUCUUUUUAAUUCUAAUUCUAAUUCUGAAGUAUCUAUGUCAAAUGAAGGCCCAUCAUCAAUAUUUGACACAUUAGAAUCAUCGUUAUCAAUAAUGCCAGAAAUAAAAAAUGAACACGUCGAUAUGAAUGAGCAACAAAUAAAAACCAUGAUUAUUAUUCCAGAUAAUGAAACUGAAGAAGUCGAAGAUUCAACGAAUGGACUAUUUGGUUUGACAAAAACUGUUGAACCUCCACGUUUAACAACAGAAUUUUCUUCCAAACAUGUUUCACAACAAAAAGAUAUAAAUAGUUUAUUUGACAGUUCCGAUGUCUUUCAUGAUAUUAUGGAAAAUUUGAAAGCACAAACAGAACUACAAAUUGAGCAAGACGAACGUGACAAUGUGAAUAGUGUACAAUCAACAAUAACAUCUCCACGACUGAGCACAUCAACACCUAACAGUAAUUUGUUAUUAGAUUAUCAUCGUACUUAUUCAACAGAUUCAGCUGAUAUUCGAACAACCGUCGCGUCAAUAAUGGAUCAUGUUUAUUUAAAUGAUGAGAAACGUUCAAAGAGAGAAAUUAGAGAAGAACACCAACAUUCACACAAUGUUGAAACAGAAAAUGAAUGUCAAAAUGCUAUUGAUCGAGUGCAAUCUGACAGAACGGAAUAUGAAAGUCAAAAUGAACAACAACAACAAAGUGGACAUAAAAGUAAGCGUAUACUACUAGAACUGAGUAAUCAUGACGUUAUGAAAAAGUUUAUUCCAUUUUUAGUACGAACACUAUCUAUUGUUGACGAAACAGAAGUUGAUCAAAUGGACCAAGAGAAAACAGUUGUCACUCCAAGUAGUGACCAUACAUCAGAACAACAAACGUCCUCAAAUAACAACGGUUAUGACUCACUUUCUCAAAUAGUGUUCUCUCCAUAUGUUGAACAACAACAACAACAGCAGCAAGAUGAUGUUUGCCCAAUGGAAUGUGAUACGGCGGUGUCAUUAGCAUCUCAAGAUCAUUCUGUUGUAGAAGUCAGUAGUACACCAAUUCCACUUCCUUCCAUUUGCCAAUCAAUUACUGUUAUCGAUGAUGAUAUCGUUGAAAUAGCAAUAACGCCAGCAACACUACAUCGGCCUAAUCAUCACAAUGUCAUUUUAGUUCGAGAUGGUAUUACAAACGGACCAAAAACGUCUAAUCGUCAUUCAUCUUCUUGUACAUGUCAGUGUCAUUCUUCUUCACAUCGUCAAUCGUCAGAUGAUGAUUUUCACUUAUUUGAACAAGCUCUCUACGCUCAACGUCAAAAUCAACAACAAACAUUAUCAAUGAAUGAUAAACUAAUUAAAUUUCUGAGAGACCAACAAAAAGAAUUUCAACAAACAGUACUUCAAAAACAACAAGCAAAAGAACAUCGAUCACAACAGACAACUAUAAUCGAUGUAAAAGAGACGGGAAGUCAGACUGAGCAACCACAACAACAACAACAACAACAACAACAGCCCAUACAACCAAGACAAAUUUCUCAAACCAUCAUCUCUCCCACUGUUGUCACAUCAUCUUCAUCUAAUCCUUUGAUCCCACCUCAACUGCAACAACAUACGUUGCAAACAGCAAUUCGUUCACAUAAUCCGUAUAGUCCAUUUAGUAUCACCACAAUACCAACGUCAAUUUUUUCAGCAUCUCCAAUUCUUUCCGCUACUCUUCAUCAACGACCAACAACAUUUAUACAGCCCAUUCUACCACAUCAUUCGACACCUCUUUCCACGCAGAGUAGUACAUUAUCAUCUGCAUCCUCUGUAUCGCCAGCACAAACGGUACCCUCACAACAUUUACAUCCAAAUUUGACAUCCAUUCCAGUACAAUUACAACAUUCACAAGUGACAGAAAUUGAUUUAACAAAUGAUGAUGAUGAUCGUCCAUCACUGUUGCCCCAAACGGCAAUUAGACCCCAUGUACCACAAGCAAGUAUCUCAAUUAACUACGCUGUUGCUGUACCUCCACCACCAAAUCGGACACAUAGUGGUAAUCGUACUUUUCGUGCAAAUAUAAUACAAACUGGUCAGAUGAAUUUUCCAAUCCGUCCAUUACCUGAACAUCAACCUCUUGAUACAUUAAUUGGUCGUCCAAAAUUAACAAUUGCACAUGAAAAUUCAACUGUUCGUCUACAUUGGAAUUUACAAAAUACAUCUCAAGAAUCAAUCCGUGAAUAUCAAAUAUUCGCUUAUAAAUACAAUGCCAAUUCAACAGUUAGCGAUUGGAAACAAAUUGGAAGUGUUCGAAGUAUGCGUUUACCAAUGGCUGUAACGCUAAAAGAAUUUCAAUCGAAUAGCCAUUAUGCAUUUGCUGUACGAGCCGUUUCAAUAUCAAAUACCAUUGGUCAGUUUUGUGAACCAAAGACCAUUUUUACUGGUAUUUCACCCAAUCCACUACCGCUUCAAACAUCACAAAUACAAAAUGUUCCCAUUUAUAAUGGAGGUGGUGGGGAAGAUAUCUAUGUUUGUCUAGUAAACAAUAAUGAAAAUCAAGAAAGCUGGAGUUCUGGUUUGAAACCAGAAACAUUUCAAUUGAAUUAUCCGCCGCAUAGUCAGAUGUUGCCGGCUUGCGGUCAUCUUUUCUCCGAUACAAAUGAUCUCGAAAUGUCUUCAUCCGACGAAAUCCUUGAAUUAGUUAGAAAACUAAAAUGCGAAAGUUCAUUUGUCAAAGUCGAAAAGAAACAGUUGCUCCAAUUAUUUAGUCAGAUUUUAAAAUUAGCUGAACGAUUAUCUCAAACGACAUGGCUUGCUCAACAACAGCGGUUUGUUUUAACAUCGUUAAUCUAUGCAAAUCGCAUCUUCGACAUCCAAAUUCAUCCUCAAACGUGUUGUCAACGUUUACAACUAUUAGAACAAUCAAAAUUUAUCGAUUCAUACAGAUAUUUUCAUUACAACCACAGUGAUUCCUAUGUUAAAUUUUUGAAUUAUCUUCGUCAAUCACCUCAUCUAUUAGCCGUAUGUCUAACGAAAAUCGAGCGAAUCGAUUCUUCGUUAAUGAAUCAAAUUGUUCCUAUUUUGAUGUGUUCAUUGUAUGGUCAAUGUUUGUAUUUACAAGAUGAAUAUUCAGUAUUGUGUAUUUUAAAAUCUCUUUGUGGUAUACAAUUAGAAAAUGAAAAUAAUCCAAGAAUAAUUUUACAACGAAGUUCAUCGACAUUUAAAUUAGUUUUUGAUUCAUUUUUAACAUCAUUACAAUCAUCAAAAAUAUUUUUAACAGCUGCCUUACAUGAUCCAAUUAUGCAACUUGUUAUGCAAGAUGAUUGGUAUUAUGAUAUUAAUCCUGAUACAUCGAUGAGUCGUUUUUCAAAACAAGAAUGUCUAAAACGAUUUGGUCAACCAAAUACUCGUGAUUAUAUGGAAAAAAUUCAAAAAUAUCGUGAUUUAAUUGUUCAUAAACUUUAUACAUUCACAUCAACAUUCAUCGAUUCAAUAAAAAAUUCUAUAUUUUAUUUUCCCGUUUCUCUGUUGUGUAUUAUAUCAAAAAUUUAUACAAUUUUAUCUCUAACAGACAAUAUAUCAUUGAAAGAAAUUCGAAGUUUUUGCUAUGAUAUCAUUGUAACACUAUUUAUUGCACCGGCUAUAUGUGAACCGGAAAAACAUGGCAUUAUUGCUGAUAUUCCUAUUAGUCCAGUGGCUAGACAUAAUUUGAAUCAAAUUGGUAUUAUUCUACAAACAUUGGCUAUGGGCAAUGAUGUGGAAACUAAAGCAAAAGAUUUGUACAGUAAAUUCAAAGAAGUAAUUUUACUUAAGUUCGGUCGUAAGUUUUGUAUUUUUUUGUUGCACAUAGUAAUGUUUACGUUUCACGACCAAUUAGCAUGACACUGCUUUAUUCCUACUUUUAUCUAAUUUACAGAGCUGCUUUAUGCAGCUCAAAUGCACAUGCACUGCACAACGUCAUAUCAUUUUCUAAAAUGAUAUCUUUACAGAAAAAAACACCCUAAAGUUUAGAUGCAAGCAUUCUGAUUUAAGGCCCCCCCCCCCUCCUCAGAAAUGAUGAUUAUCGGUCAAAAAAUCGGUUUUAAGAUAUGCACAUGAAAAGAUGGUCUGAAGUGUCUACUUCCAGAAUCUGUAUUGUUUUUGGUUACAAAACUGGUUUUUCGGGGAUUCUGAGCAAGUUUUCUAAGAGCCUCGAAAAACGGGGUCCUCAAACAAUAGUUUUUUCCUAGAUACUUAUGCAAUCAAAAUUUUUCUGAACACACAGUUUUGUAGAGCAAACGUUUCUGAUCAAAAUAAGACCUCGCACAACUCUGUAUGAUCUUUCAUCAAAAAGUUACAGGCAUUUUCCUAGAUGUCCUAAAAUCGAGUAUUUCAUACAGCGUUUUCUCUGUAUAAGAGUUACACCUGAAGUAUUUCUUACCGGACUUACCGGCAUUGAUUUUUGAAUUAGGUCUUAGUUUUUUGUCAAACUGAGGAGUUUUAGAAAAUCCGGAAUGCUUUUUCGGGUUUUGGAGGUUGUUGGUUGCCUGGAAAAUCAAUAAAGGCUGAAUUGAAAAAUCGGCGCCUGUCAGUCCAUGUAGUUAAGUGUCUAGUUUAAAAUAAAACAAACUCGAACUCUCCAACUUGAAGUAUAUUAAAAACUCUUGGGACGCCGUUCAGGGUCCUUUUUGGACCUUGAUCUCUGGAAAACUCCUGAACGGUAAGACUUGGAGACAAAAAAAUUUUUCAUUCCCGUAACUCAUCGUGCCUAACAUUUAUAAAAAGUUUCGUCAAGAUCGGCUGUACGGUGUCGGAGAUAAUUUCUGAGGGAGGGGUGUCCUUAACCCUUUGGCUACCGCCGCCGUUUAUAAACGUCAGGAGCCUCAUCUUUGUAUGAAAUAAGUGAUCAUUCAUAAUAUAUGUUUUUAGAAGUAUUUCCAUAAAAACAAACGCUAGGUACCAUGCACUUCCCAAACCACCAUUUUAUCAAGGCACACUAUAGAAUCGCUCCAUAAAAAAUGGAUAAUUUUACUGGAAAAUCGUUUCUUCCUUCUCUUACGUCGGUAGCCAAAGGGUUAAGUAACAGAGUAUUGAUAAAUCGAUGACUCCCGUCCAUAGUCUCAUGUAAACACCUUAAUUUUGUAGAAAAAUUUUGCGAAAAGAAUAAUGUAUUAUUCUUAAAGAUGGAUCGUUGAUAUCACGAUUGCAAGAGUAAGAUAGUAGAUGGUUUACCUGUCAUCUAAACUUAAUCAAAAUAAUUAAUAAUAAUUUGCACAAGAUUAACAACGUUAUGCUCCAAUACUCUUACAGUAGAAGACUUUUACAGUCAAAUUGUUGUAUUGUUGAUAGUGAGAUUUUUAAGAUUUUUGCAUACUGUACGCGGUGAAAUUCUUGAGGGUUUGUACUUCGAAAAGCGAUAAGGAGAAUGUUUAAAAAUUAAAAUAGCGAAGAAUGAAAUACGAAGUUUUGCGAUCGAAGACUCCAGUUUGAAUCUUUGCUAACUCACUCACACGCUACGUUAGCCCGCACCCCUGAACAAUGUUCUACUAUAUAGCUUUCGAAAAUCUUACUACGUACAUUAAUGUCUGUUAAUAACUUAGGAUCUGUUACAUUACAUUUCCGUUAUGCACCAUACGGAUAUUGUCACAGUAAAAUUCAGAUACGAAGUGCGAGAGUAUUAGAGCACUAUUGAAUUAAUAAUAAAUAAUUAUCUAAAAACGACUUUAACCAC